AUGCCAUCUGUCGACGAAAUUCUCGCCCGCCGCUACCCCGCAAAAGCACAUGCGAAGGCCGUCGCCGACUACCUUCACUCCCGCCAUCCUGCACUGACCGACGGCACGAUCUACCUGGAAUCCGCAAAAUCCGGGCACCACGAAGACUGCGACCAAGAGCUCUCCCCGCGGCAACGCCGUCCCUUCUUCUACCUCACCGGCUGCAGCCUUCUCGACUCUUAUGCGGUUUACACCAUCGCCUCUCAGAAGCUCACACUCUACAUCCCGCCUAUCAACCCUGCCGAUGUCCUCUGGUCCGGGCUGCCGCUCUCUCCACAGGAGGCGCAGAAGCGAUACGAUGUCGACGAUGUCCGCACCACCGACCAGCUAGACACCGAUCUCCGCGCGCUCGAGGCGGCAGCAACCCCAGCCCAACCGCUCUUCGUCAUCCCAACCCAAGUCUGCCGCUCUUUCAACCAGCAAGUCUCAGGCUCUUUCAUCACAUCCACGCUCAAGUCUGCCGUCGACGAAUGCCGCGCCUUGAAGGACGCCUACGAAGUAGCCCUCAUCAAAAAAGCCAACACCAUCACCACCGCCGCGCACCAGGCCGUCAUGGCUGCCGUCAAAUCCGCCAAAAAUGAGCGCGAGCUGCUCGCCGUGUUUACUGAACGGUGUAUCUCCCUCGGCGCGCCAACCCAGGCGUACACGGGGAUUUUUGCAGCCGGCAGGGCCGCCGCGACGCUACACUACGUACAUAACAACCAGCCUCUAGAGGGGAAACUUAAUCUACUACUAGAUGCGGGGGCCGAAUUGGAUAAUUACGCGAGUGAUGUGACGAGGACAUUUCCCAUAUCGGGAAAAUUCUCGAAAGAAAGCAAACAGGUCUACGACAUUGUCCUGCGUAUGCAAAAGGAAUGCCUUGACCUCUGCAAGCCGGAGCAGAAUUGGGAUGGUGUCCAUGUUCAUGCGCACCGAGUGGCGAUUGAGGGGCUACUGGAACUGGGAAUCCUCAAAGGGGGGAAUGUGGACGAGAUUUUGGAGAGUAGGACUAGCUGUGCGUUCCUCCCGCAUGGGCUGGGUCAUUACCUCGGCAUGGACACCCAUGACACGGGUGGAAAUCCGAACUAUGAGGAUAGCGAUAAGAUGUUCUGUUAUCUCAGGAAACGGGGGCCACUGCCUGUGGGUGCGGUUAUCACCGUUGAGCCGGGUAUCUAUUUCUGCGAAUUCAUCAUCCACCCGUACCUGAAGGACCCAAAGCAUGCAAAGUUUAUUGACGAGAAGGUGCUGGAUAAGUACUGGGAUGUUGGUGGUGUUAGAAUUGAGGACAAUAUCCUCAUUACGAAGGAUGGCUAUGAGAACCUCACCACGACGGUCAAGGAGGUCGAAGAGAUGGAGAGUAUUGUGAAUGGCGGGUCGAAGUAG